AUGCCCGGGCCUCCGAGCGAGUCCCCGGGUCAGAUACAGUCCCUCCGUCGCUCGUUCACUCUCCCAGCCAAAUUAAAUUCCCAAACGCCACGCGAUGCGCCAGCGCUCUCCGAGAAUGUGAUCUUCUACCACCCAAAGGCGAAAAUCGUCCAGUUUGCGCCUCGCGCCGUCCACCCCAGCCCCUCGAGUUCUGCGCCAUCUGACUUCGACUAUCCCGUUGAUACAAUCGAAACUCUGCCCUGGCGCUCAGCCACCGAACGAACCGUUGCGACGGCGCCCCUGCGACUCGAGAAGGUGCAUGGGCUGACGGUCUUCCUGAAAUGCGGAAAUGUGGUCCACGCGAUCCUGAAGAACUCGCAAUGCUGGUGCGUGGAUGGGGUGUCGAAGUUUGUCUUGCGCAUUCGCCCCCUCACCUACUAUCGCAUCGAGCUGCCGCAUGAAACGGAAGAGGACCACCGCGCGGUGGGAGACUUGAAAACUGCGUUGCCCACAGUCUUGCGAUACGAGGUUACACCAUGUCCCUUCAAGCGCGCAUUCACCGUCGAAAUACCAGAGGAAGCCAUGGCGCCUCGGCGCAAAAAAGCAUGGCGCCCGAAGACUCGGAGGGAGAGUGCGCCUGCGGAUUCUCUGGGCACGCCAGAUACUCUAUCGCCUACUAAGUCGGAUUGGAUGGAUUCCACGAGUACAGGGGAUGACACUGACGGUAAUGCCACUGAUGACAGUGGGCCUACUUCCAACAAAGCCAACAGUACGGCUUUGGAAACAAUACCCGAUGGCGAUGAGUCGUCUCCGUCCACCGACUCCAUGGAUCCGCCUAUAGCUCCCGCUCCUCGGCGCUCGGUGACUGAGACCCCGCAAACUUUCACCAGCUUGCUGGCAAAGUUUGAAGCUACAUCAGUGCAUGAAGAAGAUUCCGAUAAUGAUAAGCGACGCGACGCUGAAGGAUUGCCAGCAGCCGACGAAGCGGAUGCACAACCUGAGCUUGAAGCACUAUUUGAAACUGAAGCAUCAGGUGAUGCAGAGACCUCGUCUAAUGCCGAGAGGUCACCUGAUAAAGCUGAAACGGUUGCCGAGACUCAAAAUGCUGAGGCUGAAGCACUUCUCGAGGACAGGCCGUCUUCUGAUUCCGGAGCAUUGCCUCAAUCUGAAGAUGCCGAAGCGCUGCCGGAAGCUAAAGAGGUUAAAGAUUCCCUUGAAGCACCAAUUCAAUCUGGAGCACAACCUGAAGAACAGGAAUCACCUGCCAUCAAGACACUGCCGAAAGCUGAAAAGUUCGAAGCCCUCCCCGAGGCCAAUAAAGCCGAAGCACUGCCGGAAAUUGAAGAUGAGGCUUCGCCUGUCGUUGAAACAUUACCUGAAGCCGAAGAGACCAAAGAAUUGACCGAAAUUGAAUCGUUGUCUGCAACAGAAGCACAGUCUGAAGCAUUUCCGGAGGGUGAAGUGCUCCCGAAGGCUGAAGAAUUGCCCGAAGCCGAGGGCUUAGCCGGUGCCGAAGUGGCGCCGGAAUCCGAUGCUUCACUUUCAUCCAGCCCUGCGUCAUUUCACUCCGCGGAUCUGCUUUCACCAACCGAUUCCAAUUCGACCCAUCCCAGCCCGUUGGAAUGUUAUGGCCUGACCGAAAAGAUCGUCAAGUGCCAUGAUCAUGCCAUCUCGCGGGCCACUUCUCAGGAUCAAGUGCCUCCCACAAUAGUACGGGAAUCUCAAUCUGAAAAGCUUGAACUCUCCAAGAGUGAAGACAUACUCGCAACGCAGCCAAUGAGGGUGCAACGCAUCGUGAAGGAGGACCGGUCAAGGCCUACUCUAGACUUGCCCGUCUCCUCGAGCACCAGGUUGUCCGCUCAAUCUGCUAUGGCGUCCACAGCGCCGCACACAGAUUUCAACCACAUGAGCACCGAAUUCCGCCGCCGUGCACGGGCUACAAGGGAGCGAGACCUUUCGCCUAUGCCUCCUCCCUCUACUAUCUACCGCCCGCCCCCUAGUCGGGAUGCUACAUCGAUCCUUACCAAGGCACUGACUAUGGUCUUAAUACCACCGAUGUAUCUGUUUGUUAUCUUGCUGCACGUUGCCGCACGCAUUGUUGCCAACCCGGCUGUUGACUCCACUUCUAAGGCUGGCCAGCCACCUGGUCCAAGCUAUGUCAAUGAGGAUGAUUUCAGUUUUCCCUUGGAGCCUGAAACGCCUUCUGAAUAUGAAGACGCAGACCUUUCCAGCAACCUGGAUCCAUGGGACCUGGACUAA